GAUUUUAUUACAAAUUUAUUUCUCAUGUCAUCAGUAUGUUAAUCACGGCGCGCAAUUAUGACUAUGAUAUAUAGAUGCGUGUGUGUUGUUUUUUUGGUUUUUCAGUAAAGACUGAAGACUUUAGGCCAUCGAAGUUACAUCAACAUUUUUCUCGAAGCGACAACGAAUCUCUCUCGCUUUCGUCUCGUGCACUUUCGUGAUUUCAAUUACCAGCCUUUCGCACAUCGAUCCAUCGUAUCAUUAUGUAUUGACUAUAAGAUCGACGCGACGAUGUGCGUCGAAAUUGUAGAGAAGUUUGCGCAUCUCCUUAUGGCGCGGAAAUCUAGAAAGAAGGGGAAACGUUUCCCGCGUCUCGGCCGCGUUCCGAUAGAUCGAAGAUCGAUACAUUCCCGAUUCUCGUGGAACAACUUCUAGUUGCAAGUAGUUAACGCACAUCGUCGACGACGUUGCACAUUUUUCGCAUACGUUGCAUCCGGGCAACUUCUUUAUUUUCCAUCAUUUUUCCUUAACGAAGAUUGUGAGAAAACUGGGGUGAAUCUCCGGAAAAAACUUACACAGUACAAAUAAUCUCGAUGCAACACGUUUUCAUUCCACCUGAUUCGAGCGCUGAUUAGGGGAAAGAAGAGCAAGAUGACUUUAAGAGUAACCGGAAGAUAGCCGCGAAGCUGGCGGGCCUAACAAGCUGCGUGUCGACGAUGAUGGACGACGAGGAGCAGGAGGAGCUACGUUGCACGGGGAGCGACGUCGAGAUCGAAGAGUACACCGACACCGAGGAAUCGCCAUAUGUCGCUUAUCAGGCCGGCGAUAAGCUGUUCGAUACCGGCCGAAGCGAGAACUGGCAGAAGCUCCGCUUUCUAGCGAGCCUGGUAUCCGUCGCGGCAUCAAUUACCGUCCUCGUUAUCAGCUUUCCGCUUUAUCUCGAGAACGUCGGCGCAGUCUCCAGCGCUUACACAGGACUUCUUUUCAUCGCCCUAUGCUCCGCCUUCAUCCUGGGGGUGGUGUACUUCGUCGUGGAGAGGGUGUCGCCACCGCCACCGCUGAUCCCGAAUAGUAUGCGAGUCAAGAUACCCUGCGACGAUCUGCUGAAAGUGAGCUUCCUGUACGCGAGCGCGGGAAUGUUCGUCACCCUGUCCCACGAUCAGAACAGAGUACUGUGCCACUUGCAGGACCCGAUCAAAGGCAUCACCCUUGUCUUCUCUCUCGUCUACUACUUCUUCUUUUGCCGUAAAAUGAUGAGCCUGCAGCGAAUAUUCUCGAGCACGACCAUAAUAGUGGGUCUGUUCAUAAGCGUCGAUUACGGUCUCUGCGACGAGUUCCGUUGUCGCGGGAGGGAGGUGCCUUCACACCCGACGUCGGCCAUGAGGGGAACCUGGGGCAUCCGAAUUCUCUGGACCAUCAUUUACGUGGGCGGCCUCGCCGCGUUCGCCAUGUUCUUCACUUUGCUCGAACGGCAUUACACCACCGCGCAACAAAACGUGUGUCAAAUGUUGACGACCCAGCACAACUCCUUCCUCUACACGGUGUCCCGUUUGGUGUCCUCCCGUGAUAUUCGUCGUCGCGGCUCCGAAGAGGAAGGCGGCCGGCUCCUCCACGUGACCGACCCCGACCCGACGAUAAAGCCGAAGAGCUACCCCAAGCCGCCGAUUCUGCAGACCCUCUUUUACAUACACGUCAUCGCUUUCUUCGCGGUCCUGGCGGUCUGCUGGCUCGACACGGUGCCCGGUUUCGGUAGGGGUUUCUCGCCCGUGCAACUGUACCGUGCCGUCGAGCACGGGGUGAUAUGUCACUUUAAGAGUAGCAAGCCGUGCUCGAACGUGUCCGGCUAUGGAUGGACGUUUCUACUCGCUUACGUCGUCUUCGCGAUCUCGAUGCUUAAUUUCCUGUCGUUGUGCGAGAGCGCAGUGUUCAGCGUGGCCGUUGCGACCGUGUCGCUUCCGCUCUCCGGCAUCUGGUGGAGUAUCUACAAAAUGGACGUCGGUUUGCACGGCGGGAAACCACCCGGAUGCGCAGGUACCAUCGCUUGGUCACCGUCGGUGACGGGCGAGCUGAUCUGCGCCCUGCUCGGUCUUCCAGUUGUCCUGCUCGGCCUCGGCCUGCUCGUCAGAUCGCACUUCCGGGACACCCAGCUGCCCUACCAGACCGUUCAGCCGCCCGACAUCCAGCGUGAGCCUUGUCACAGAUGAAUCCUCUUCUAAACAGCUGACCGGACCCGCGCGGUGAGCCUCCAGCAGACGGUGAUCCACGGAAACGAAUCGCCCGAUCGGCUCGACGGGAGGACGGAGCGACGGGGCUCGUUCACCGGUCGGGACGAUCGACACGUGCAAUCCGACGAAACAAAACAAAGGGAAUGAAAUUCACCGAGCCGGCCAUAAUAAUGUCAUUGUUGUUGCAAUUUACAUCCGGGGUGUACCGGGUGAGUCGAAGCGUUGCAAAUUCAUAUCUCGAGAACGAGGCGUUUCAGAGAGAAACGCUUAGAAUGUAAAAGUUUCGUGACUUCGAGGGGGAUGUAAGAUCGUGUCACCGGGUUGACUUUGUAACCGACUCACCCUGCAUCACGUCGACGUUUCCCAGACCCACGCCGAUGUUCUUCCUUCGUUCGAGCGUGGACGAGGCCGUCCUCGAUUCGCUUGCUCGAUUUCGCUGUUUGUCGCGCGUGUCGUCCGUAAAAUUCCUCCGCCCGCGAGCGCGAGUCAUGCGAAUUCGCGGCGCAUGCUGUGAUAAGAAAAACAAACGCCGAUAUCGGUCAAAUUCGCCCUUCGUGGUAAUGAGAGAGAGAGAGAGAGAGAAGAAAAGAAAAAAUAUUAAAGGCAGAAAGAGAGAGAAAGAGAGAGAGGGAGGGAGAGCGAUCAAUGUUUCCUAUGUAUUUGCCGAACGAUUUGCGUCACGCGACACAACGUUAUAGCCAGUUUAUAUUUUAUUUUGAUAACGAGAUGUCUCAUAUUUUCGAACAAGUUCAAAUUACACGUGUGUUUGGGAGGGGUGGCUGGGUUAGAGCAAAAAGUAACGAUUACAAAAGUGCGGAAAGUAAACCUUUUUAGCCCGCAUGCACAGGAGCCGCACAGAGACGUGCCGGCGAGGGACGUUUCACUCUUUCCGAAUUUCCCUGCAAUUUUCCCGUCGAUGCGAUCGUAAUCGUGGAGUUUCAAUAAGUAGCAUUACCGAACUACCAAGUACCGUUGAAUAGCUAAGUCGUGGAAAGCCGAUCUGCGAAACAGAGAAACGGAGAUCCCUGCCUCACCCUAUCGAAAAACGUCAGGCACGUCCCCGCUUCCCCAGUGGAAAUAUUUUACUGAGAAUAUAGUGAAAAUUUGCCGAAGCAUAUUUGAAAAUCUCCUUCAAUCGACAUUCCGUUUUAUUAUUAUUUCAUCGAUAUUUCAGUGAAAAAUAUAUUAACAAUUUUUCUUUAAGAGUCAUGUAAACUUUUUAAAGAAUCAUAUAAUUAUCAGUGUUUUCGGUAGAUUUUAUGAUAUUUGAUACUUCAAAAUUUUCUCACCACUUUUCAACGGUAUAUUUUAACUUUCCUCGUAUUUCACAGUAUUAUAUUGCAAUCUUAUAAGGGGAAUUAUGAUUAAUUUUUAUCACAUAUCCAGUAAUCUUUCGAUAACUUUCAUUUCACUCUUCAUCGAUCUCACGAUGUACUUUCAGCGAAAUAUUUCCAUCGGGAUUAUGUCCGAUACAUUAGAAGGCAGCUCUCCUUCGCAGCCCUGUGCAUGCGAAUAUUAGACGAUAGUAGCGUACUUCGCUAAAGACAAAAGGAGAGGAAGGAAAGGAGAGAGAAAGAAAAAGGGAGGAAGACGUAGAGAGAGAGAGAGAGAGAGAGAGGGAGAGAAAGAAGGAGAAUCAGUAUUACCUCUCACAUAGCACGGCAAUAUCAUAUUUCCAUCGCAAUAUUACAACGUAAUGCAGCAAAAAUAUUGCUACAAUAUUAUUGAGAUAUCACAGCAGUAUUUAAAUAUAUAUCAUAUUAUUUCGUUUCAACGUCUCUGUUUGAAUUUCAGAAGAUAAUUUGCUCAAUAUAACGUCUAUAACGUCCAUAAGACGUAAUUGGAACGUCAUUCGAUGUCACCUUGUUACUCAGGAUGUAAUAUAUUGUAGCAAUAUUAUUGUGAUAUUU